CAUAGCCCAUCUGGUAACUUCUGCUAAAUCUUCAGUUUGUUAGGGGUAAAUGUUCCAUCUGAAGCCUCUCUCCUCAGGUAUUUUGAACCCCAUCGAGGCAAAGCUUCAUAAAGGGGCAGUGGGUUCCUACGGCAACGAGAGAACCAAACAGUCACUACAGGACUUCCCUGUGGUUGACUCCAAGGAGGACAAGGAGAUCCAGAGCUAGGUCAGUGGCGUAGGGAUCCUGUGGGUGGGGGAGGGAAGAAAAAACCAAAGUCUUCCUACAGGACUGUAGAAGAGCUGAAGGCUAAUGGCAAGCUGGACGGACCACACAGACACCCGCUGGAGAACUGGCUCAGGUCAAGCUCUGUGUCUGGGGGAGCUGUUAAUAAAUCCACACCAGCAGCAGAUAGAGACGUUCAAUUGGGUGUUAGACUGGGAGGGCAUGCUGUCUCCCUCAAGCCUCGUAUCACUGCUGGACAAACACUUCUUCCCCAAGUGGCUACAGGUGCUGUGUUCGUGGCUCAGUAACAUUCCUAACUAUGAGGAGAUUACUAAGUGGUACCUGGGCUGGAAGUCCAUGUUCAGUGAUGCUGUUCUGGCUCAGCCACUCAUAAAGGACAAGUUCGUUCAAUCAAUGAAUCAAUGAAAUGUAUUUAUAAAGCCCUUCUUACAUCAGCUGAUGUCACAAAGUGCUGUACAGAAA